CUAAUAACAACAUCCAAAUUCCUAAAUUUUCAAAUCCAAUUACCAGGAGAAGAAAAUGCUGCAAUCAUCAAUUGCAUGCUCUCCACUUCUAAAUGGACUUAUCAAAAUCAAAACACAAUCUUACUACACCAACCAAACACAACCUAUUUUUCAUCGAACUAAAUUAAACUCCCACCUUAAACUAACCAACUUUCAACCUCAAUCACCGUUAAAACCAAAAUUCCCUAAAAUCUGUGUCUCCAAAGUGGGUCCACUUCGUUGCGGCGUUUCGUCGAACAGUAACAGUGCAAAUGUUGGAAGGAGGAGUGUUCGUGAGUGGGUUGAGGUUGUUGGUGAGGCAUUAUCGACGGCGUUUCCGUUGUGGGUUACGAUUGGGUGUGUGUUGGGUUUGGUGAGACCGAGUUCAUUCAAUUGGGUUACUCCUAAAUUGAGCCUCGUGGGACUUACUGUAAUCAUGCUUGGUAUGGGUAUGACUCUUACUCUUGAUGAUCUUCGUUCUGCUCUAUCUAUGCCUAAAGAAGUUCUCUCUGGUUUUUUCCUUCAAUAUUCGGUGAUGCCAAUAUCUGCGUUUCUUAUAAGCAAACUCCUAAAUCUUCCAUCACAUUAUGCAGCUGGUUUAAUAUUAGUUGGGUGCUGUCCAGGGGGCACAGCUAGUAAUAUUGUGACAUAUCUUGCACGUGGAAAUGUGGCGCUUUCUGUUGUAAUGACAGCUGCAAGCACUCUAUCAGCCGUGAUCAUGACUCCUUUUCUGACAGCCAAACUAGCUGGUAAGUAUGUAGCUGUAGAUGCUGCUGGCUUAUUAAUGUCAACAUUGCAGGUUGUCCUUUUUCCUGUAGUUGGCGGUGCACUUCUGAAUCAGUAUUUCCAACCACUUGUUAAACUCGUGUCUCCGUUGAUGCCAUCCAUGGCUGUAGCAACUGUGGCAAUUUUAUGUGGAAAUGCUAUUGCACAGAGUUCUUCUGCAAUCCUUAUGUCUGGUGGACAGGUAAUCCUUGCCGUCUCCCUUCUUCAUGCUUCUGGUUUUUUCUUUGGAUACGUGCUUGCCAGAAGUCUCGGGCUAGAUAUGUCAUCAUCGCGAACCAUAUCCAUUGAAGUCGGCAUGCAGAACUCGGUUCUCGGCGUAGUUCUGGCUGCUAAGCACUUUGGAGAUCCCUUAACAACAGUACCUUGUGCUGUUUCAAGUGUGUGUCACUCAAUCUAUGGUAGCAUCUUGGCAGGAAUGUGGAGACGCCAUGUGCCUCCUGAGAUGAAGGACUGAAAGCUUUUGCUUGUAACUAAAAUGUUUCAUUGUUGAUUUGUAUCAUUUUCUGGUCACCAAAUAAAACUGCUUCUCAGUUUUCAAGGUUCAUCAAUUCAAUUAUAUUAUUUUCGAGUAAUUGUUAAACAUGACUUAGACUAAGUAUAUGUUUGGAUUAACGGUGGAGGAAAAUGAGAAAAAUAAUUUUCCUUAAGGCA